CCCAUACACAUCUCCGCUACUUUGACCCCGUCAAGCUGCGGUUUGGGUACAUCAUUCUACAUUCGAUCUGACCAUGACUCUCACCGCUAGACCCGCAAUCAAGAGGCGAAGGCUCGCAGGAGAUCAGUAUCCAUGCACGGUCAAUGCCGUGCAUGAGCACACAUUGCAUGCAAGUCCAUCCGAAGAGGUCGCACUGAUCUCUAAUGCGAAAUCUGUCAUGUGUGCAUCGUGCCACCGAGGUGCCUACGGGAAAAUGUCGACACUGGUGCAAUGCGCUAGGUGUAAAGCGCCGACGUGCAUGAUAUGCUCACGGACGUGUACGGCCUGCUAUCCGUCGAUACCGCCCACACCCGCCCUUACGCGCUCGUCGACGCCGAGCGCAUCGCCACUGCCGUCGCCCAAGCGUACGGCGCUUGCCUUGAACACGAGUGCGGCCAAUGCGAACUUGACGGUUGCGCCAUGCUCUGUGUUUUCCUCUGGGCAGAGGCGUAAGCUUCCGGCCUUGGAGAUGGAGGAAGAUUGGAAGCCGUAUCCGGGCUGUGAGGAUAAGUCUGUCAAGGAUGAGUCCUUGUCGGGCUGUGGAAGGACGGUGUGCAGGGAUUGCUGCUAUGAAGACCCGCAUAGUGGCACGACAACUUGUUACGAUUGCUAUGGUCAUCUGCAACGCACAUCUGUGCAGGCCUACGACCAUACCUUGAACAGCCACUGACUGACUGUUUCGCUCUCUAACGUUGCUACCAUGAGUUUCCCGACGGCUCUUACAUGCUGACGUACACACUUCUCUCAGUUACUCACAUCGCUAGUGUCGCUAAUCUCAUGGAAUGUCUCAUGCUAUAUGUCCAUUCAUCCUCCGUGCAGUCUCCAUACUCCAUACAUGUUUAGAUACCACAUCGCGACCUCAGCCUAUAGGAUGUUAUCUCGACUAGCGACUGAUCCCUUGUCGUCAUACAGAUUAAGACCAGAAUGCCCAGAGGAUGCUGCCGCUCCUUUCAUGGUGCAUAUUGUACUAAACACACCGUUGCCGAAUAGCAGGCGCUACUCCGCU